UCAAACCCUAAACAUAUACAAAAGAAGCGAAAAAAAGAAGAAUUGUCUCAAACACGAAACAGAAAAAAAAUAUACGAAACAUUAACGAAAACGAAAAAACCUGCAUUAACAAAAAAUAUUUCAAUUUUUAAAUUGAAAAAAAAAAAUUUAAGAACAUAGUUGAAAGAAGCGAUUAAAGAUGCGGCGAAUAAAUAGAACACAAUCAAGCCCCUGUGUCUUUUUAGUAUUGGCCUUUAUGUGCAUUACCAGCACAGCGAUCAAACCGCUACAUGCUGUUCAACUUGGCGAUCCCGAUGCAGUGAUCACGCUAUAUAAUGUGGCUCCAGCCGACGACUUGGGUAUCUAUCGGUAUGCUUACUCGACGAGUAACGGUAUUGCAGUACAGGCCGCUGGCAGCGCACUGGAAGCUAUAGGCAUAUUUAGCUACACCUCACCCGAGGGCAUACCAAUCGAAGUGCGUUACAUUGCUGAUGAACUGGGCUUCCAUGCUGUUGGACGUCAUCUACCCCGACCGCCACCAAUACCAGACUACAUACUUCGUUCGCUCGAGUAUAUACGCACGCAUCCGAAUGAAGAGGAUCGUGGCCGUUACAGGGUCUACAAGUAGAAUUAUAUUUGUACGCAUGCAUAUAACAAUUAUAAUUUAAAUAGUUUGCAUUCUCACAUGCACACAGAAUAUAUUUAAUCAUUAAACAAAUCACGAGAAAACAAAUUACAUUACCAACGGGUAAACAAACUGAACAAAUGCUCGUUGGUUGACAAAAGUAAUUUAGUAAUUUUUAUUUAGUAAAUUUUUAUAGUUAUUAAUUAUUGUAAGCGCAUUCUAAUACUACAUACAUACAUAUGUAAAUAUACACAGAAUAAGCAGUGGCCUUUCAUUCAUGUACUCAUUAUCUCGUGCAACAUACAGGCAAGAUUUCGAAAUUUUUGGAUCAUAUAGUAUAUCGAAAAAAUUGAACAGGGUCGUGUUAAAG